AAGAAGUUAAAAUGAAGAGUAGAAGCUACAGCUAUUUCAUUUUGAGUUUCUCUCUUGUUCUGGCUAAUACAGUUACCAGUCAUAAUCAUGAAUGUCCUCAUGAUAAAUUAACUAAACAGUUUUUGGUUAGGGCACAUUUGGAAGACUCAUAUAAAUCAACAAAGAAUACCAUUGCAGCUCUAGUUGGACAAAAUGAACCUUUCAAUCAACCAAUUCGCAUCAAUCUCCACUACAACUUCACUUUUCUUGGAGCAUUAUCUGUGUCAAAGCAACAACAAGUGAAGGUUUGGUAUUUCACAGAUUUAUACUUUAAUUUAUUAUUUCAACAAUUAAUGCAUGCAGACUAUCAUGGGUCAAGUAAAAGAGAACCUUGAGUUAAUCCUUACAGUGAGAAGGACUCCAGGCCCUCUCCGAUUACGAAGGUAUUGUGUAAAUAAUGAAAGAAAUUUUACACUAACUGGUCCUACUGAGCCAUGCCCUAAUCGAUGUUCAAAUGAAUCAGUUAUUUGUACUGUUUUUCCAGUGCCAUCAGAGCAUCUACAACGUUGUGUGGAGUGCAAUGGAGACAGUAGUAAUUGUGUUGAGGCUUACAGUGAUGGACCUGGUAUUGAAGCUGACCUUGCUCUAUAUGUAUAUGGUAUUAAUGUCAACUGUGGUAGGAGCACUAUUGCUUUUGCUGCUGCCUGCCAAUUGGAGGAUCAAUAUGACAGGCCAAUAUCAGGGAUCAUUAAUUUUUGUCCAAGUAACAUCAAUGAUGAUGAACAGGUUUUUCAGGUUGCCAAACACGAAGUUUUCCAUGUGCUAGGAUUUUCAAAUAACUUAUAUCCUUGGUACAGAGAUGAAAAUGGAAACCCAAGAACAAGCAGGGAUGCCAAUGGUAACCCACCCACUGAUGCUAAUGGUCGUUAUGUAGCAGCAGAAACUACAGUAAAAGUGGUGAAUUUAACUGAUUGGCAGACAAGAUUUGGGCCAGUGAACAAAACUAUUAUUCAGUUGGUGACUCCAAAAGUUGUGGAGAUUGCAAGGCGUCAUUUUAAUUGUAAUACUUUGGAAGGUGUUCAGUUAGAGGAUCAAGGUAGUAGUGGCACUGCUGGAUCACACUGGGAGAAAAGAUUACUAAAUUAUGAAGCUAUGACUGGUGUCAUAUCACAAAACCUUGCAUUCUCUAACUUUAGUUAUGCACUGUUAGAAGACAGUGGUUGGUAUAAAGUUAAUUAUAGCAAUGCAAGUAGACUUGUUUGGGGUCGUGGUGAUGGAUGUGGAUAUGUUGCUGGUUCUUGUGGAGGUUAUAUUGACUCCAAAAAAAGACAGAAUCAACCAAUAGCUCCAUUUUGUGAUUUCUUUACUGAUAAUGAGUUUAAUCCUCAGAACCUGUCUUGCAAUAUAGACAGGACAGCCGUUGCUUUUUGUAGCCUUGUGGAUAAUUACUUAUAUGUAACAUCUUUUGUAUCUAUACCUCAAGAAUAUCAGUAUUUUAAUUCGGGGGCAAAUUUUGACAGUUCACCAACUAGACUCCCAUUUUAUGGGGGACGUGUUCAAGCAGCAGAUUUCUGCCCAUAUUAUCUUGACCUUUUUAGGCGAGCACCUCGGGGUAUAUGCAGGAAAGGAAUCCCCCUAACUGCUAAUAAUGAAGCAGCAGAGACAUAUGGACCUAGGUCACGUUGUGUGGAUCACUCUGAAAAGUGGCAGAUCACUAAUGGCUCAAACACAUACACUGCCCAAUACAGUGCCGGAUGCUAUGAGUACAAAUGCUCCAAUAGUGCUGUUACUAUAAUGAUCCUUGGACAAUCAUAUACCUGUAGUAGAGCUGGUCAAACGAUACAAGUUGAUCAGACUACAAAUGGUGUGAGGUAUCGUGGAGGAAUUGUGUGCCCAUCUUGUGUUGAAAUAUGCUAUGAUGAUUUUGAAAAUUGCCCUGAAGCAGCUGAACUAUAUGAAGAUUUAGCAAGUCCAACUUAUACUAGAAGUAUUGGAAGUUCUACUUCUUCUACUGCUACAGCUAGUGUUGGAAACCCUACUUCUUCUAUUACUAUCGGAAGUCCUACUUCUUCUACUACUAGUGUCAGAAGUCCCACUUCUUCUACUGUUAGUGUUGGAAGUCCCACUCCUUCAACAGAUAGUGCUGGAAAUUUUUUGCCAAUGGUGGAGCUCCUUUUUGUAGUCAUAUUUGCUUCUUUGAUCAUUAACUAUUAGAACUAGCUGUGGUGUGUGUUCAUUAGAGUAGUUUUGUUAGUUUUCUACUGUCAAUAACUUU